CCACUAUAUCAUUUGGUGGUUCAUCAUCAUCAGAGAUAUCAUCUUCAUUCAUAUCAAAAUGUUGUACCCUAUCAUUCUCCAUGCGCACUUCAUUGGUUACCAUAUCUCUAAAAGAUGUGGUGUUCACAUCAGGUUGAGUUUGAAGUUGGAUUUGUGAAGCAUUAGAUGACAUAGGGGGUUCAUUGGGGAAUAAAAGGUGAUUAAUUUUCCUUUUAGGUUUCUUUGAAGAUUGAUCAAUUUGGUCUUGUUUUUCAGGGGAGGCUUCCUGGUUCAGAGAGUUAUAUUUCAUCGAGAGAGUUUUCUGUGUAAGACUAUUGGGGAGAGUAAAAUUGUUAAGUUGAGGUAAAAUUAAUUAUUUAUAUAACUAGAAUAAAUAUGUAAUUUCAGUUUAUUUUGCGGGCGUUAAUGGGAGAUUUGAGUACGAUGUUUAGCUUUCUGCACAAAGAGCUACUCAAUAUUAUUUUUGAUAAUUUUUUUUGAAAAAAAAAAAAUAAAAUAAGCCGUCGUUGGUUUUCCUUGUAUGUUCUCUCCUUACAACUGAUCUGAGCUUCCUUACCUCACACACUUCCUUUCUUUCUCUCACUUAUUCUACCGACAGAUCUCCGAAAUUCAAUCACCCAUUUACCUCCAAUAUUUGAAGAUUUAAGUUGAAAUUCUGCUGAAAAUUUUGCAGAAUUUUGAGCAUUAUAUUAUGCUUUGUUAUCAUAUAAGCAAGGGAUUUCAGUACAAUCUACUGUGAAGUUGAUAAAAUUGUUGAAACUGAGUAUAAUUCGUUGUUUUUCUUCAAUUAAUCAAUGGCUUCUUCUUCCGAUACUACUGACCCAGAUAAGGGUAUGUCUGCUGAUAACAUCAAGGGUUUAGUUAUGGCGUUGUCAUCUAGUUUCUUCAUUGGUGCUAGUUUCAUUGUUAAAAAGAAAGGCUUGAAGAAAGCUGGUGCUUCUGGUGUUAGGGCAGGAGUUGGAGGCUAUUCUUAUCUAUAUGAGCCAUUGUGGUGGAUAGGCAUGAUUACAAUGAUUGUCGGAGAAAUUGCUAACUUUGCAGCAUACGCAUUUGCGCCAGCUAUUUUGGUCACUCCUCUUGGAGCACUGAGUAUAAUCAUCAGUGCUGUUCUUGCACAUGUAAUUUUAAAGGAGAAGUUACAUAUUUUUGGAAUGCUUGGUUGUGUUUUAUGUGUUGUUGGUUCAACUACGAUCGUUCUUCAUGCUCCUCCAGAACGUGAGAUUGAUUCUGUUAUAGAAGUAUGGAACCUAGCUACAGAACCUGGUUUUCUCUUUUAUGCUGCUCUAAUUAUGACUACUGUGUUUGUGCUCAUAUUCCACGUCAUUCCAGAGUAUGGGCAGACACAUAUUAUGGUUUAUAUUGGAGUUUGCUCAUUGGUGGGCUCUCUAUCGGUCAUGAGUGUGAAAGCACUUGGAAUUGCUUUGAAGUUGACACUAUCUGGAAUGAAUCAACUAAUAUAUCCUCAAACAUGGGCCUUCAGUAUAAUUGUUGCUGGUUGUGUAAUCACCCAAAUGAAUUAUUUGAAUAAGGCUCUAGACACGUUCAACACAGCUGUUGUAUCUCCAAUAUAUUAUGUCAUGUUUACAUCCUUUACUAUAUUGGCUAGUGUGAUCAUGUUUAAGGACUGGGACAGACAGAAUCCAACUCAAAUAGUGACUGAAAUGUGUGGUUUUGUCACUAUCCUCUCAGGGACCUUUCUUCUUCAUAAAACAAAGGAUCUGACUGAUGGUGUAACCAAUUCUUUGCCCGUUAAACUGAGCAAGCACGCUGAGGAAAAUGGAUUUGAAGACUCUGAGGGUAUACCCCUUAGGCGGCAGGAUGCAAUGAGAUCACCAUGAUAUACUGAAUUGUUUCCAGAAAUGAUGCACUUUUUUGGGGAGGCAAGAUGACACCACCCUGCACAUGUUUGAAGUCUCCGGUUUCCCCACAAAGUUUGGGGAAGCGUAGUUGGAGGAAGGGAAAAAGAAAAAAAAAGGUGUUCUUCCCUGUUCAUAAGAUGGAAGAGUUCUAGCUGCCGUCUAACAUCCCUUUGCCCAUUCUUUCUAUUGCCUGGAACCCCCCCACCUCCCUCUUUCCUCCACUGUAGUUUUUGUGUUCAUAUGAUCAUUAUUUUUCUAAACUGGCAAGUGUCCUUCCACAUGCAAAGUGUAACAAAAAUUAGCUGAGGAAAAGACAACAGUGGAAAUUCUAAAUGAGAUGCCGCCAUUAAUGGUCAAUUCAUUGUAGUGAAUUGCCGCCAAUUCUGUAGAUUGUGUCCCGAUUUACGAAGCUUAGCAUCUGUGUAUAUUUUCUUGUUGAAGCUAUAGUUUGUUUUCAUUGUCAA